UUGUGUAAGUGUGCGCAUGUGUAACACGUCCUCGCUUUAUGGCCCGGAAGUGAUCUGCUGUCUUCGUUCUGACACGUAGCAACGGGAGAGGCCGUUGUGAAUUAAGUAAGAAACAGCUGUGCGGAGAGCGGCCUGACUGAGCUGCUGCCAUGUCACAGUUUGACAACUUCAAUACAGAUUUUUACCAAACCAGUUACAGCAUUGAUGAUCAGUCUCAAGGCUAUGGAGCACCUUACAACAACAAGCAAUAUGCAUAUGAUUAUAGUCAACAAGCUGGUUUUAUGCCUCAGGAUAUGAUGAACCAACAACAACCAUACACAGGACAGAUUUACCAGCCUGCACAAACAUACACUCCUACAUCAACAGAAUCAGUCUACGGAAGCACAUUUGAUGACGAACCACCUUUAUUAGAAGAACUUGGAAUCAACUUUGAUCACAUUUGGCAGAAGACACUAACCGUACUACACCCAUUGAAAGCAGCAGAUGGUAGCAUUAUGAAUGAGACUGAUUUGGCAGGACCAAUGGUUUUCUGUCUUGCUUUUGGAGCCACAUUGUUGCUGGCUGGGAAAAUCCAGUUUGGCUAUGUUUAUGGUAUCAGCGCAAUUGGUUGUUUAGGGAUGUUUUGUCUUCUCAACUUGAUGAGUAUGACUGGCGUUUCAUUUGGUUGUGUUUCCAGCGUAUUAGGCUACUGCCUUCUUCCCAUGAUGAUCCUGUCUAGUUUUGCUAUUGUUUUCUCAUUGCAAGGAAUUGUUGGUGUUGUCCUCGCUGCUGUUAUAAUUGGCUGGUGUAGUUUUUCAGCCUCAAAGAUCUUCAUUUCUGCUUUGGCUAUGGAAGGACAGCAACUCCUUGUCGCCUAUCCUUGUGCUUUACUGUAUGGAGUAUUCGCCCUGAUCUCUGUCUUUUGAACUGGUUUUUGCAAUUGGACUUUAAUGGGCCAAACACAACUUGAAGACUUUUUUUUUUUUUUGUUAAGAGUGGACCAGUAAGCUGCUUUAUGUGCAAAAUCUUGUGUAUCUUAGCAGCAGUGGAAAAUGUGUACAUCCUAUGUUAAACAUUUUAUACAGAACUUUUAAAUACUUAAAUGACUCUGAAAGCCUUCAACUUUAACAGCUUAUGUUUAUAAGGUAUAAAGGUAAAUAAUUCCUGUUUACAGAAUUCAGCAACAAACACGUUGUGAUGUUUUACUUACAAUUGUGGCACAGCAUGGGAACUGUAUGACAGAAAUAAAGAAGAUACUGUGUCUUA